UUGGAGACUUGACGUCUCUUAAAAAUGGACACCGACUUCCUUUUUGAACAAGUCCAAGAAAUGAGACCGUCCCCCUUCUCAGAAGAGGAGUGGCACUGCUACCAAGUAGAAAAAAUGAUGCUGAGGCAGUUUAUGCUCAUGAAGCAACAGGAUCAAGUUCCUGACUACUUGUCUGUCAGAGACAUGAAGACCUGGCUGCUGACAGGAAGAAGCUUCCUGGAGGAGUUUCAGGAAGAAAUUGCAACGACAGAAAUUCAUCUCCUGUUCAUGGCUGAACUGGCCUGGACCACAGCGAGGCACUUCUGUCUCAAUCAGAUGGAACAAGAGCUCCUGGAAGAGCUGAACAAGGAAGAGCAGCUUUCACAGCUGUUGGGCAGGAAGGUCACAUUGGAGGGCGUUCAGAUGUUUGUUUCAGUCGUCCGCCCAGCAGCAGAGGAGGAGGUACGAAACCUCCUUCCAUCUCUGCACAGCAAGCUGCUGGGAAUCCUCUGUGGCAUUCAGACCACCAUCGGCUCACUCUCUGCAGGGGACACUAAACCCACAGAACUCCUGGCGCUCGAAGAGAGCACUGCGCCCCUGGUACCAGAGGUCGUGGAGACCACUCUGAAGUUCUUCCUGGAGGAACCAGAGCGGGAGAACAAGAGUGAAGCUGCCAGUGCUGAGAUUGGCAAACUGCUGGCUAACUCAAUGGACUACGAUCAAAGCUUUUUCUCUGCCAGAGAGGGCGUCAUCUCUGCCAUCCAAGACAUGGAGACAUGGAGACAUGGAGAGGGCGUCAUCUCUGCCAUCCAAGAAAUGGAGUACGAAGCACAGACUGAUGACGAGCUGGAAGUAGUGCAGCAGGUGGAAGUGGAUGCAUUUGAGAAGGAGAAAUCCCGGGUUCAGGACUGUGAUGUUAAGAAGACUGAAGUGCCAGGCUUCUUCCGUGGUUUGUGGGAGAUGAUGACAUGUUGCUUCUGCUUUUCCACUGAGGACUGA